AUGCUUCCAGCAUCCCACGGGGGAUACAUAUGGGCGGACCGCCCCGAUCUGUAUAGUGGCCUUGGUGUGAUACGGGAGAGCUCACCUCCCCAUACAGACCACCACGGACCAGAGACCGAGAUGGAGGACUUGCCUAUCCCACCGUUUCCGGAACCAGCGGCACCUGGGUUGUAUCAUCCUAGGAUGGCGCCGACCCCGCCUACACCGCAUGCUUACUUUCCACCUCGCUCGUCGACUCACAGCAGCCGCCAUCACUCUAGUAGCGUUCCGGCUCUCCCGUCUAGGGCAGUCGCACCUGGGCCAGCGGGUGUACCUCCGUACAUUCAGUCAGGUCCAGAGGAUUACUUCUCCCAGCGAUUGCCAUUUCCUGAGCCAAUAAUAGGCCCUAAAUUACGCCAUGCGUACUCUGCUCCUCUGCCCCCUCCUCUACCUCACAAGCCUUCUUUCCGCUCACCCCCAGUUCCCUCCAAGCCGCCCAACGCGCGGCAACCUAGUUUCGUCCCCCCUUUGCCGCCUUAUUGUGCCAGAAAUGGUGUGAAUCAUCUCAACGCGUCUAGGCGGUCUCCCAGGCCAGACUUGCCGCCCAAACCAGCCGAUGAAGACGAAGAGUUGAGACGAGCAUUGGAGUUGUCUUUGCAGGAAUCGAAAGCACAACAACUCAAGGCAAGAGCCGAGCAUGAGCAGCUCUCGAGAGCCCUGCAAGAAUCGCUCGCAAUAGCAGGAGAUGAAGUGCGGAAUCCUCCGGUGUCCGACCUUCGACAUCGGCAUAGCACACUCGAUUUGCAUAAUCGGCAUCGUUCUCAGGUUCUUGACGCGACGCCCGCAGCGCGUGGUCAUUCGGCUGCGAAGGCUUCACCCGCCGUGCCUCCGCCAGUGCAUCCUUACAUUGCAUCAGCCAAAGUCCCAGAUCUCCCUUUUGCCUCGAAAAUUAGUCCAGCUGAUUCAGAAGUUGUUUUCCCGCACCGCGGUAAUCACAGCAGUCAAAGAUCUGCCACUGUAUCCGCACCUCCCACCACGUCUGCACCAACUUCCAAUGCUAAUGCAUCGCAAUCUGCGCCGGAUGCGACACUCAGGGCUCCAACCUCGUUUGAACGGAGCAUAUCGGCGGGUCCUGCCUUUCCCUCGCAAGACAACGGCUCGACGCAUGCGCAUAGGAGCCCGCGGUGUCCACCGGAGGAACUUGAAGAUCAGCGACAACAUCCACAGAGGCACAUUGAGACUCCCAGUGGUCCAGCGGCUGAUGGUGACCAACCCAUUGCCCUGCCAGCAGAAGCCAGCGAAGCCGGCUCGCCGCGCAUACCAGAAGAAUUGCUCCAAGGCGUUGCGAUGGGUUUUGGCGCAGCACCAAUAAGUGCAUCGCGUGAGCCAAUGAAGGGUACGGUUCCCAAUCUGAUCUCGCUGCCGUAUAAGAAGCACAAACCUUUCUACAUCCGAGGCCUAAACUGGCGGACGCUUUUGAAACUCAUGGCGAGGAUGAGUGCGGCGCGUGUUGAGCCGUCGAUAGAAGCCAUCGCAAAAGUCAAAUCAGAGAUGCGCCUGCGCGUAGUCGUGUCAUUUGUCAAGGUGCAUAGUAAAUCGCCGGAUUGGAACACCAUUUUGUAUAUGACAAUUGACCGCCCCGUUCCCGUCACCCAAGCCGCGUGGAAAUAUCGCAGCGGGGAUGCGAAUACUCUCCCCUGGUCGUACACGCUGUCGUCGCCACUUCCGAUGCUACGAGAUGGCGCAGAUACCCCGCUGUCCAGAUACUAUACCAUUCCUAACACCCCUGGCAAUUUAUACCCAAUACUGCCCAUUGGAUUCCCUGACCUCGCGGCAUAUCUUGCCACAGCACUCGAUGUUUCUAGGAAUGGUGCCUACGAUACAGCCUUUUAUCCUGGCCUGCGGCGGCUCGGAAAAAUAGUCGACUCAUUGUAUCCCGAAGACAGCAGCGGGAUGAAUGACGAAGACAAGCCGGGCAUGAGGCAGAAGAUGAAGAACCUUGUAGGCCUGGGCAAGUCCUCGAGAGACCGAAACGCCGAAACGUACGACCUUGUCACCCCUUUCGUGCCGGACGACUAUGGGCGGUGA